AUGUCUGCCAAUACAGAACCGCUCACUGACGCCCAGAAGGAGCACUUUAGAACGACAGGCUGGUUGAAGCUGAGCAAUUGCUUCACAAAGGAACAAGCAGAAUGGGUCACCAAGGACGUCUGGACUCGACUGGGCAUGGACCCCAACGACAAGUCAACCUGGAAGCAGGUAACAAACAUGCCUCAUCACCGCACCUUUGAUGCUUCCGAAUACGCGCCCAAGGCAUGGGCCGCCAUCUGCGAGCUGUGCGGCGGCGAGGACCGGGUGGCACCCGAGUCAAAGGAGUGGAGGGACUCUCUCAUCGUCAACCUGGGUAGCGAGGAAUACGAGGGAACAGAGCCCGAUCCCAAGGAACUGGGCAUCUGGCACGUCGACGGCGACUUCUUCGUCCACUAUCUUGACUCCCCGGAGCAAGGUCUGCUCGUGAUUCCGCUCUUCACGGACAUUGUCCCCGGCGGCGGGGGGACCUUUAUCUGUCCCGAGGCGAUGGCCGGGGUCGCACGGCAUCUAUACGAGCACACGGACGGGGUCUCGCCGCGGAUGGUACCCAGAGACGAUCCCGAUUUCUCAAGGGAGAAGAACCUCGACUGGUUCAACGAGCUCGCGCGGAGCUGCGGUGACUUUGUCGAGGCUCACGGGGAGGUAGGGGACGUGUAUCUCUUGCAUCCGUUGAUGCUCCACAGCGCCUCGAGGAACCCGCUGCGGCGGCUGCGUAUCAUCACGAAUCCACCGGUAUUCUUGAACCAGCCUCACGUCUUUGAUAGGGCGGAUGGUUUGUACAGUCUUGUGGAGCAGGCCACCCUGAGGUUGUUGGGCGUCGAGUCGCUGCCCGGAUGGAAGAUAACGGCGCCACGGGAGCAAGUCAUCCCAGAGAGGCUCAAGGUUCAGUAUCGGAUGAAGCAGGAAGAGAUUAAGCGUCUCGCAGCGAUCGCGUCUUAG